AUGUCAGCCUCAACAAAUGUGGCAACUAAUAGUUCGUCAUUAUCACUAGCCGCUAAUUCAGGGAACCCUGAGAAUGAGACUGAAAGAAUUGUGCGUAUCAAAAAAUUGUUUGACGAAUUAGAUUAUGAUAAAACAGGUGUAUUAGAUCGUCAAAAUCUUUUAAAAGGUCUUGAUAGAUUGAAUAAUCACCCUUCAAAAAAUAAAUAUGCUUCAGAAUUAUUACAAAAAUGUGAUGUAUCCUCGGAUGGUGUAGUGGAUUUUGAAGAAUUUAAAACAUUUGUCGAAGAAAAAGAAAAAGAAUUGUGGAAAUUAUUUGUGGAAAUUGAUAAAUCUAAUGAUAUGAAUUUACAACCUGAAGAGUUGGGAGUUGCAUUAAAAAAGGCUGGCAUUAGUUGUACGCAGGCAGAAUUAACGAAGUUUAUUAAAACCAUGGAUAAAAAUCAAAAUGGUGUGAUUGAUUUUUCUGAAUGGAGAGAUUUUCUCCUGCUUCUUCCUCGGGAAACAACAAUGUCGGAAAUUUUCGAAUAUUAUCAGGUCAUAGCUCAAGUUAGUAUAGAUGGUGAAGUGAUAAUACCACCGACCAAUCCAAAAUAUCUUCUUGCCGGUGCAAUUGCUGGUGCAGUCAGUCGCACUGCAACGGCGCCACUGGAUCGACUCAAAGUUUAUCUUCAAAUUCAGACGGCAUCACCUCAACUUCUUACAGCAAAGAAAAUACAUGUAUUGGAAAGUGAAACGCAGGUAUCAAAAAGAUUGGUAUCUUCCGCACAUAAAAAUAUUAUUAAUGCUAUAAAAAAUAUAUAUUCAAGUGGAGGAUUAAUUAAUUUUUUUCGUGGUAAUGGAUUGAAUGUUGCCAAAAUCGCACCAGAAAGUGCAAUAAAAUUUUUUGCUUACGAAAAAUCCAAGGUUGCCGUUGCAAAUCUAAUGGGAACAACAGAUAUUAACUCAAUAGGAAUGUCUGGACGUUUCCUUUCAGGUGGUCUUGGUGGUGUUAUAUCACAAUUUGCGAUAUAUCCUUUAGAGACUAUAAAAACUCGUUUGAUGAGUUCAUCAGGUGUAUCAUCAAAAUCUUCAUCUGAUGGAAAUAUCUUAUUAAAGACAGCGGGUGGGAUGUGGAAAACACAAGGGGUUCGUUCAUUUUAUAAAGGAUUAAUACCAUCUUUAAUUGGAGUUUUUCCUUAUGCUGCAGUGGAUAUGAGCGUUUACGAAGGCCUUAAAUUAGCUUAUAUUAAACGUGAAAAUUCACUUCAAGUUGAAAUGGAACCAAAACAAACAAGUGUCUUUGUUUCUUUAGGUUGUGGUAUGAUCUCAGGAUCUAUUGGCGCGACUAUUGUAUAUCCUUUAGCACUUGUCAGAACACGGUUACAAGCACAAGGAACUCCCGGACACCCACAAACUUAUAACGGAGCAUUUGAUGUAAUCAAAAAAACUUAUGUUAACGAAGGAUUACGCGGUUUCUACAAAGGAUUGGCACCGUCAUUAACAAAG